GCAAAAAGUUAUUCUGAAGCUCUUCACUGGUACAAUUAUUCUGUCAGCUUCUACACACCUGGGCAGAUAGAUCAGAACUUGGCUAAGCUGCAGAGGAACAUGGCUUCUUGCUAUCUUCAUCUGAAACAAUUCGACAGGGCUAAAGAGGCAGUUAAAGAAGCAGAGAGGUGUGAUCCAAACAGCAUCUUUAGUAAAUUCAGUGUCUAUAAGAUUGCAGUGAUGGAGAAAGAUACUGAUAAAGCUGUGAAAGCAGUUAUUGAAAUGGGGAAGCUAGUGGAAAAGCCAUCUCAACAUGAAGACAAGCUGAGAGUGGAUGAAAAUACAGGCACUAACCUCCUGAGUUUAGCAGCCCAAAUUGCUUUAGAGAAUGAACAACAAGUAGUGGCUAUCAAAGCUUUGGAAUAUUUGUCUGAACAUUUACAAGACUGCCGGCAAUUAUUUGCAGCUUUAAAAUGUUUGAUUCGUCUUAUGCUGUCAAAGGUCAUGGCAGAAAACGGAGAGAACAGAGAUGAAGAUAUCAACUCUAUGCUGACUUACUUGACCUUUGCUCACAAAAGAAUUGCUGAGUCUUUCACAGAAGAGAAAUUUACAGAGGACAUGAAGACCCUUGAAGCUCACUGGUUUAGAAAAAUUGCUUGGAACUUAGCUGUACAGUUCAGGGGCUGCCCUGAAAAGAUGAGGGAUUUUUUUCUAUUGUCUUUCAAGUUCUCCCAGUUUUGUCCUUCUGACAAAGCUGUUCUAAUUGCUCAGAAGACAAGCCUUUUAAUGGCAGCUGCAGUUGAUCUGGAAAUGGGAAGACAAGCAACACCCUCUGAACAGACAGAGCUUUUGACUCGGGCCCUUCAACAUCUCCAGGCAUGCAAGGAGAUAUGGGACGUUCUGAAAUUCACAGGAGAUUUUGCUAAAGACCCAACAGACACCUUGUUGCUACUUUAUGAAUUUGAAGCAAGAUCCAAAUUGAAUGAUCCAACACUUCAUGACCUCAUGGAGUCAGUAUGGGAGCAACCACAAAUAGAGGUCAAGACGCUAGAAAUCAUUGCAUCAUUAGCAAUGGAAUCUCCAGCUCGGUAUCCCAUACUGUGUAAGAAAGCUCUCAAGAGUGCACUAAACCUUCACAGACAGCAGAUUGUCAUCGAUGCUGUGAAAUUUAGCAAAUGCUUGCAUAGCCUGAUUAAUAUUUCCUUGCCAACUGGGUUAACAGACUGGGAUGCUUCUGUACUCCAGGAGGCAUGGGACUACUUUGAAGAUGCCCUGAGUGUAAUCAGCAGCACAGAUGCUUACCCAGAGAUGGAGAUCCUUUGGUUGAUGACAAGAGCUUGGAACACAGGAAUAUUUCAGUAUACCAUUUGUAAAUACAAGGAAGCUGAGCAGUGGUGUGGAUUAGGAAUGCGUUUCCUCAAUCACUUAGGAUCUCUGAAGAAAAGCUAUGAAAACCAC